UGAUCAAACUUUGUGUAUAGAUUUUAAUGGCGUUACACAAUGUCACAGGAAAGACAAUGCGGGAAAUAAAGCAGCUCUGGAUUGUAAUAUGUUGUGUCAUCGUCAACCAAGCGACACAUUGCGUGGGUACACCCUCUCUGUCAUCUACAGCUCCCACCACCAUUACAUCUACACUGACAACUGACUCUACGGCAAACUUCGAGACGACUUCAGUACAGAGAUCGAAAACGACCGAAUUCAAUGAGUCGACAAUCACGACACAGCCUACAACAUCUUAUCUAAAUACCACACAUUUUAAUGAGACAACACCAACAACGUCGUCUUUGAAUACGACGGAAUAUAAUGGGACGACUACCAUGUCACUACCUACCAUGUUGCCUCCAAAUACGACAUAUUUUAAUAAGACAACCACCGCAUCACAACCUUCAACAUCGUAUCCAAAUACCACAGAUGUUAAUGGGACAACACCAACAACACAACCUAUCACAUCGUCUUCAAAUACGACGGAAUAUAACGGGACGACAACUACAUCACAACUGACCACGUCGUCGUCUUCUAAUACGACAGAUCUUAACGACACGAGCACAGCAUCGCCAAGGUCAACAUCUAACUUCAACACAACACAAUCCGCUAGUGAUACAACACCGAACAUACAAAACAACACAGAAGCUACGACUGGGGCUUCGGAGUUGCCUUCCGCGCCCACAGCAACGACAGAGGAGACAACUACCACCAAGAAGACGGAUGCAGCCUCGACAUUCGCAGACACGACGUCACAUCCAACUCUGCCACCUCGUGUUUCUACACUAUCUACAAGAACAACAACAACAACGGAUCUGACAACCAUCACCCAAGAGACAACUUCAAAACCUUUAGCCUUAGGAGUUGUCCAUAAUAAUGCUCUUUUGUUUGGGAUCGGAGGGUUUGUUCUCGUGUUGGUCAUCAUCAGCGUAACCAUCUCUUUCUUAAUUUACCGCAGAAAACGCCGGCGCAACACUGGUGGGCAUCAGCUCCUGACCAAUUCCUGGCCUGCCGACGAUGACUUCCCGUUGUUUGAGAACCCCAACUACAACCAUUCUAGUGGCGGACCAAUGUUCAGACGGAACGGGCCAAGUUAUACCUCGGUCUCAUCCAUUUCAGCGGAUUUUGAUUACUUCAGUGUAUGACGGAUGUGCCAAGGUUCGUGGGGAUUUACAACAAACGGCCUUUAUUGAAGAGAUUGUUAUCCAAGAUCGUGGCAUUGCUCCAAGAUCGUGGCAUUGCUCCAAGACAAUUAAAAAAGUCUAAACGUGACCAAUGAUGUCUUUGAUUGACUUACAUGUUUGUCACCCGGCUUCCAGAUAAGAUUAGGUCUAUUGUGUCCUUGUUACCGAUCACCCGCAGCUUUGGUUUUAAGGAUGAACACAAUCUUAUCCGACUGACAAGGCGUGACAUCCAUUCAUUGUAUAAAAAUAUAACAAAUGUAUUCAAA